AAAAUGUUUAUCGGCGGUCUCAACUGGGACACAACGGAUGAGACUCUCCGGAAUUACUUCUCGCAAUUUGGUAAAGUCGACGCAUGCACCAUUAUGCGGGAUGCCGCUGGUCGUUCGCGGUGCUUCGCCUUCUUAACGUUCGAAGACCCGGCGUCUGUGAACGCUGUGAUGGUGAGGGAACACGUUCUGGACGGUAAAAUAAUUGACCCGAAGCGCGCUAUUCCUCGUCAAGAGCACCAACGUGCCACCAAGCUAUUCAUUGGCGGUCUGGCAGGCAGCGUCACCUCAGAAUCCAUGCGCGAGUUUUUCUCACAGUUUGGCAAAGUCAUUGACUCGACGGUGAUGCUGGACCGUGAGACGGGGAGGAGCAAAGGCUUCGGUUUCGUCUCUUUCGAGGAUGCGGACGUCACGCCCAUCCUAGGGUUUGGCAAGCUCGAGAUCGACGGCAAAAUGGUGAGAUCAUGCCUUCCUUCGUUUACGCAUGGAAUGGCAAGACUGAACCUCGUGGCCUUAGAUUGA